AUGGCCAAAGAACUUGGCCCCAGAGCCCGGGAACGCGCUCUGGCGGUUGCGGCAGAUGUGGCGCGCCGAAUCCAGGUGGAACUCACUCAGAGCGCAGAGUCGGUGGAACUGCCACCUAUGCGUGGCAAGAGCGUGCAGAAUCUUCGCAAGCUGUAUGGAAUCGGCUCGCAGACAGCGGACGUGGCGUUGCAGGCCUCUUGCGCGCGUCUCUCCAUGGCUGGUGUCACCCUGACCUGGCAGACGCGAAAGAAGUGCGUGGCGGUGGCCAGCCCGUCCAUGCCAGCCGCACACGAGCCGCCGGAACCACCUGCAAAGAAGAAGUGCCGGGAGCCUCGCAUCACCAGGUCCUCCGGUGGUCGCCCACGUGGGGUCGAGGAUGAAGUUGGUGCAGCCAUCUUGCUUGCGAACGAGAUACGCUCCGACCUUGAUGCCGGCGAGGAUACGAGGGCGCACGCAAGGCUCGCCACGAAGUCCGUGAGAGAACGAUUCAGCGUUGGCAGUGAAGUGGCUUCCAACGUGCUUCGCCUGGCUCGAGCACGGCUGUCCAUGGCGGGUCUCCAGGCCACUCGUGUGAAACCCCGUGCCAAGAUCUUGGUGUACCGUAAGCCGGUGGAGGAAGCAACGCGGAACCCUGUCGUGAACCCGCCGAAGCUGCCUGAACCAUCGGAGCGGGAUCUGCAGGGCAGGCUGCGCAAUCGACUGGACAACCGCAAGGCAGCCCAAGCCUCGCCCUCCAAGAUCGAGAUCCAGGUGAUUAGCAGCGACGAGGAAGAGGAGGCCAAGCAGCAAUCGGCUUCGCCUGCGCGGGCAACGCGCGCACGGCCAGGCUCCCUCGGACGGCAUCCAGCAUCGCCUGCGACGCCUGGCCCUUCAGCGCCUUCAGGGCCCAAGCGUUCGAGCUCACGGCCCUCUGCAUGGCGCAAGCGGUCGACCUCACAAGCACCGCCCACCUCCACACGGCUUUGCUCGCCUGGAGUAUCCCCUGAGCACUCCAGCCCGCAGCCUCCGGCAUCGCCUGUGUCCGUGGAUCCGCUUCUGCAGUCCCCGGCAUCAAAGGGUCGCCCACGCUGGCGAGAUGGUGUAAUCAAAGUUGAAGAUGAAUCCGUUGCCAGCACCGGGCGAAGGUCUCGCUCCCCACGCCAGAUCGGAAAUGGUUUUGCGCGCUGUUUGUCCAGGUGGCUCCAGUGGGGGAAGAAGCUGCGAAGGAUCGUUCGCCAGAGCCGCAGCAUCAGAGCUGGGAAGCGCAAGACGCUGUUGAAGCAUAGCGGGUGCGCGAUGAAACAGGAGUCCAUCAUAAAGCAAGAGCACGUGAAGUCAGAGCUGAGGGUCAAGAAGCGCAGAGCAAAGAGAGCGAACUCCGUGGGUGCGGUGCUGGACUUCUCCACAACUCCGAACAAGCGGGGCAAUCGCAAGACGAGCAGACCACGGCCAUCGCAGACAGCACCUUCCACCUUGUGUAUCUCCCAAGUUCCGGGCUGGCUAAUGCGAGUGGUGCUCUAUGCCGGGGGCAACGCCUUUCCAGUCGCUUGCACGCACCGCCUGGCUGCCUGGAGCAUCCUGUGCGACUCGCGGCAGGUGUCCUCGGAGCUACGUGCGCUUUCCCUGAGCUUGGGCCACGACGGUUGGGAGCCCGCCGAUCAGAUGCUUCUGGACGAGAUGCAGCGCGUGGUGCAGGUACUCUCGGCGCUGACACCCCUGGACGGGCCAUGCCAGGCCAUGACACUUCCCAGGCGCCGCUUGCGCUUGGACAGGGUCCCUCUGGAAGCCUCCAGCGUUACCAAGCGCGUCAAGCAGGAG